AACUUUUGUUUCCUUUUACCUUUACAGUAAGGCAGAAGAGAAUGAAAGAAGUAGAUAAUCUUGAAAGUAUAAAAGAAUGGGUUUGUGAAACAGGAUCUGACAACCAACCUCUUAGUGAUAAUCGACAAUCAACUUGUGAGUAUUUUGUCGACAGUCUUUUUGAGGAAGCCCAGAAGGUUGGUGCCAGAUGCUUGUCUCCCACUGAACAGAAGAAACAGGUAGAUAUAAAUAUAAAAUUAUGGAAAAAUGGAUUCACGGUCAAUGAUGAUUUCAGAAGUUAUUCAGACGGUGCAAGUCAGCAGUUUCUGAACUCCAUCAAAAAGGGGGAAUUGCCUUUGGAAUUACAGGGAACAUUUGAUAAGGAGGAGGUGGAUGUUAAAGUUGAAGAUAAGAAACAUGAAGUGUGUGUGGCAACGAAGCCUGUGUUCCAGCCCUUCUCAGGACAGGGUCACCGACUGGGAAGUGCCACACCAAAAAUUAUUUCUAAAACAAAAAGUAUUGAAGUUGAGAAGAAAAAUAAUUUGUCUACUGUCCCACUAAACAACCUGGAACCCAUCACUAAUAUACAGAUCUGGUUAGCCAGUGGGAAAAGGAUUGUUCAGAAAUUUAACAUGUCUCAUAGGAUAAGCCACAUCAAAGACUUCAUUGAAAAGUACCAAGGAUCUCAGAGAAGUCCUCCCUUUUCCCUGGCCACGGCUCUCCCGUGCCUCAGGCUGCUAGAUGAAGCACUCACGCUGGAAGAAGCAGACUUACAGAACGCCGUCAUCAUCCAGAGACUCCACAGAACCACAGAGCCUUUUAGAGGACUUUCAUAACAUUGACCUUUGACACACUAAGUGGAAAGUUUGCAGGGAAGUGAUGGUUCGUAAGUGAACAUGCAAACCAAAAUGGGGGGAAGUCGGGUUCGCUGAACUUUUGGUUUGAGACCUAUUUAGCUCCCUCCAGAUGGGAAGACAAGUAAGUACAAGUUAGGAGAGGAAGCUACGACGAAACUAUAUUCAGUGCACUGUCUCCCAAAGGCUACUCAGAGAAAUAUACUUCUUUUCAAAUACCAAUGAUUCAACAUAAGAUAGAUUAAAGGACUAUAUCAUUUAGUAUCUUAAUGUGGUAUAAAUUAGCAAACAUGUUCACAGCAUCACUCAUUUAAACAUCAUCCCAAACAGCAGUGAUUUACUCAAAUGUUAGCUUGGCUCAGAAUUUUUAAAUAGCAAUACAUUAAAAGUUAUACAUGGCAGGUUAAAA